ACAUCAUCCAGGCGAAAAACACAAAAUAGUGAUUUUCCAUCCGAAGAUGUAGAUCAAAUUAAUUAUAAGAAUUCUGAUGCGGAAUCGCAGAAUUUAAUUGUAAUAACUAUUAACAGUGAAACUAACGAAAAUAAAUUAUUAUUUUGCUAUUAUACAAACUGGGCAAAAUACAGGACAGGAGGGUUCGAAUUUAAUGACAAAGAUAUUGCAAACCUUUGUACUCAUAUAAUAUACGCAUUUUGCAACAUUGAUGCAAACAAUCUCACUCCUAUUUCUAAUGACCCUUGGUCUGAUUUGCCUGAGGGUAUAUUUGUUAAAAAUAUAGUAGGUAAAUAUAACGAUUAUCAUCGUAUCACUUCUCUUAAAAGUUUGAAUCCAAAUUUAAAAGUCUUGCUUUCUGUUGGAGGGUACCAAAGACUGUUAAAUGAAUUUUCAAUUGUAUCAAGCAGUGAAUCCAAUGCCGAGAUAUUCGCAAGAAACACCAAAAAUUUUUUAAAAAAACACAAUUUUGACGGAUUUGACAUUGACUGGGAAUAUCCUCAAAAUCAAAAACAAGCGUACAACCGACUGUUAAAAGCAAUGAGCACAGAGUUUCGAAAAGGCCCGAAAACAUAUAUGUUGACAGCAGCUGUCUCAGCAGGAGUUUCCAAGAUUCAGGCUUCCUAUGAGAUAAAAGAAAUAUCCAAGUUAAGCAUUUGCAAUCUUACAAUUAGAUACCUUGAUUACAUCAAUUUGAUGACUUACGAUUUCUACGGGCAGUUUUCAACUACUGUGGGCCAUCACUCUGGAUUAUAUGGAAUAAGUGAUACUGACACAUUAAACAUUGAUUAUGUUGUCAGAUAUUGGGCCGAAAAUGGUGCGCCAAAGUCAAAAAUGAUUAUUGGGUCACCCAUCUACGGACAAGGAUUCAAAACUGCCACAAAAAAUCCAAAAAUUGGGGAUAGAAUUGUUGGCGGAACUCCUGCAGGGUCGAUAACACAACAAUCAGGAAUUCUAGCAUAUAUUGAAGUACUUUCUAUUCUAUAA